GUUAUUUCUGCCGCUCGGUUUGGGGUAUUUCGGGCCUCAAUUAAUCGUGAGUCUCAUGUCCGAAUCAGUUCCUGUUUUUGCCGGGUGAUUUUUGAGGGCGCUCGGGCGCGCUAUGUGUCACAGCUUUGUUUAUUGCCGAAUCUUGGCCUCGCUGACACUUGUAACAAAGGAGUUCUGCAGUGCCGCUAACCGUGCCUCGUCAGUCAGCUCUGGAUCCUUAUUGCCAAGACCGUAGCACUGCGGAGAAGAAACUCGGCCAACUUUUCUCAAUGACUCUAUAGCCAACUGAUGUAACAAUGGUACUAAUAUUGGGACGCAGACUGAAUAGAGAGGAUAGUGGGAUACGAGAUUCCCCUGCAACCAAGCGGAAAGUUUUUGAAAUGGACCCAAAGUCGUUGUCAGGCCCUGAGUUUUUUGACUUCUCCUCGGGAUCAUCGCACGCUGAAAGCAUUCUGCAGAUCUUCAAUGAGUUCCGAGACAGCCGGCUGUUCACGGAUGUCAUCAUCUGCGUGGAGGGCCGGGAGUUUCCCUGCCACCGCGCGGUGCUCUCAGCCUGCAGCAGCUACUUCAGAGCCAUGUUUUGCAACGAUCACCGAGAAAGCAGGGAGAUGCUAGUGGAGAUCAAUGGCAUUUUAGCUGAAGCUAUGGAUUGCUUCUUGCAGUACGUGUACACUGGCAAGGUGAAAAUCACUACGGAGAACGUGCAGUAUCUCUUUGAAACAUCAAGCCUCUUUCAGAUCAGCGUUCUGCGCGACGCCUGUGCCAAGUUCCUGGAAGAACAGCUGGACCCUUGCAACUGCCUGGGCAUCCAGCGCUUCGCAGACACGCACUCGCUCAAGACGCUGUUCACCAAGUGCAGGAAUUUUGCACUGCAGACGUUUGAGGACGUGUCCCAGCACGAAGAAUUCCUCGAGCUGGGCAAAGAUGAGCUUAUUGACUACAUCUGCAGCGAUGAACUGGUGAUCACGAAGGAAGAGAUGGUGUUCGAGGCUGUCAUGCGCUGGGUGUACCGGGCAGUUGAGCUGCGAAGGCCGGUGUUACACGAGCUGCUGACACACGUCAGGCUCCCGCUGUUGCACCCCAACUACUUCGUUCAGACUGUGGAAGUGGACCAGCUGAUACAGAAUUCCCCAGAGUGCUACCAGCUGCUGCACGAGGCCAGGAGGUACCAUAUCCUUGGCAAUGAGAUGAUGUCUCCCAGGACUCGGCCACGCAGGUCGACUGGUUAUUCUGAGGUGAUAGUUGUUGUUGGAGGCUGUGAAAGAGUUGGAGGCUUUAACCUGCCAUACACCGAGUGCUACGAUCCUGUAACAGGAGAAUGGAAAUCACUGGCCAAACUUCCAGAGUUUACCAAGUCUGAGUAUGCAGUGUGUGCCCUACGGAAUGAUAUCCUUGUUUCAGGUGGAAGAAUCAAUAGUCGGGAUGUAUGGAUUUAUAACUCUCAGCUUAAUAUUUGGAUCAGAGUUGCCUCCUUAAAUAAAGGCAGAUGGCGUCAUAAAAUGGCUGUUCUUCUUGGUAAAGUGUAUGUCGUUGGAGGAUAUGAUGGGCAAAACCGCCUCAGCAGCGUGGAGUGCUACGAUUCAUUUUCCAAUCGAUGGACAGAGGUGGCUCCCCUCAAAGAAGCUGUGAGCUCUCCUGCAGUCACCAGCUGUGUUGGCAAACUGUUUGUGAUCGGCGGCGGUCCUGAUGACAACACGUGUUCUGACAAGGUUCAGUCUUAUGAUCCCGACACUAAUUCUUGGCUGCUCCGUGCAACUAUCCCUAUUGCAAAAAGAUGCAUUACAGCUGUGUCUUUAAACAAUCUGAUCUAUGUUGCUGGUGGGCUCACCAAGGCAAUAUACUGCUAUGAUCCAGUUGAGGACUACUGGAUGCACGUACAGAACACGUUCAGCAGACAGGAGAAUUGUGGCAUGUCUGUGUGUAAUGGAAAAAUCUAUAUCCUUGGUGGAAGACGAGAAAACGGUGAAGCCACAGACACUAUUCUUUGCUAUGAUCCUGCAACGGGCAUUAUCACAGGAGUAGCAGCCAUGCCCAGGCCAGUAUCAUAUCACGGCUGUGUGACCAUUCAUAGGUAUAAUGAAAAGGGCUUUAAACUGUAAUUUUUUUGGAGAAGAAGAAAAGGAGAAGAUGAUGGCAUGAAUGAAUCCAGUAGUCUGCUGCAAGACUGAUAUAUAAAUCCAAAAGUGGGAAAGUGCCCUUUCCCUAUCUAAGUGUCAUAAAAAAUUGUAUCCUGUGCCUUUUUGGGGAGAGAAAAAAAAAAAAAAAGCAAGGAGGGUUAAUUUAAGUUAAACUAGUCUCUUGUCUACAAAUCUAGCUAGUAACCAGACUGUGCUGUACUAGUGAUCAGAUGGUUGUCCUAUGUGUGUUUAGUAAUUAAAUCUUGGAAGCUUUGUAGGGAAAGUGCCUUCACAAGCACUUGUGCCUGUGUCCUAAGUAGGGGUAUCUACAAGGUGUUUCAGAUUCUGCUAAUUGGAAAAGUACAUAGGCAAGUAAAUCUCAAAGAAUUAUCCAGGAUAAUUACCUUCAAUUAAGAAAAAAAAGCAAAACCCCAACUUGUAUGAUUACAAUUCAUAUGCAAUUCAUUCUCACAAGCAGAUUACAUGGCUUAACCAAAUAGAUUUUAUUUCAGAUCAUGCAUGGUUUGAGAUUUAAAGAAAAAGCAAAAACAUACAAAAAAAAAAAAAGAGAGACUAUGUAAGCUCCAUAGGACAAAUAGUAGAUAAAUGUUUUUCUCUGAAGAACAGCAACAUCUUGGUUGUUUAGUGAGCCACUGCAACGUCUUGCAGCGAGGACUGUGUACCUUAACGCUAUGGACCUCAUUCGUAGUGUUGUUAAAUGCCUACCAGAAGUGCACGGCUACAUAACAUGGAAACUAGUGACUACUGGGGCGUAGGUAUGCUCUGUGAAACAAACUUGGAAUCCUGGUUUUUAAAUUCCUGAAUAGUAUAGAUGAAGCCUGAAGGUUGCUGGGUUCACUCCCUGCUCGCUGUGAAGUGUCUCUAAAUUACUCAAGGGAUAAAGAAGAACGAACUCUGGAUUCCGCUGCUGUUCACAAUGGCGCCAUGAAUGACCUGGUACUGGAGGUGGGACUCAGUCUGUAUCCUACAGCAAACAGAUGGCUCUACAAGAUCCGUCAUCUGAAGAGAUGAUUCAGUUACCCCCCGAGUAUUGGUCUGUCUUCAGACAAUCACAUCAGCACAAUUCAACUAGUGCAAAAGCUGCUUGGCCACAGAUCAGGAGUUCUGAAGGUCCUUCAUGUCACUAGGAAAAUAGCCGUGGAGAUGUCCAUGUAGCCAUGAGAGGGUAGCUCCCACAUAACAUGUUUUGGCUCAUUUUGUAGCCAGCAAAGCACGUGUAUUUCAACCCGGAUUUCCUUAGUAAAGGUAUUUCUUCUAAGUCCUCUUUAUAUUUCUGCACUUGGUCUCCUUAUUCCCAUUAUGCAGCUAUACAGCUGAGGCACAAGUUUGUGAAAACUGAAAUAGUACUUGAGAGCUGGAAAAUGAGUAGGAUCUUCUAUCUUCUGAUUUCCUGUUAGUCACCAGAAAACUUGGGAACUCCCUUUCAAAGGAAUUCUGACAGCAGCCAGUAGGGAAGUUGGUCAGUGCCAGGGCAGAGAAAAGCAUACGGUUUGUGCAGAGGUGAGCUGGCUUCAGCAUUCUGGUGUCCAUGCUUACUCAGGAGGGUAAAACAAGCACCAUCUCUGGAACGCCGUUUGCUCUGCUGGACUUUCUUCACCAUCUUUGUUUCUUCACGAGAUGGAAAUUCUGACCCUCAGUGAAGCUGUGCCAAAUUGGGAGUCAUCGUUUUCAGUACCAUGCGGUCGUGACUUUUAAAGAGCACUGGGAGCUGCACUUUGUGAUGCAUUAACUUGCAACCUCAGGAAAGGACACUUUUCAGUUUCUGGCUGAAUACCAAACACUGUUUUGUAUAUGUAAAGAAUAUUGAUACAAUACGAAAUUCUGCAUAUCAAUGAUGUAAUUAGGAAAUGAGCCCCGUGUACAUUCACAUUGCCCUAAAUAGGAAGCCAUUUGGUAACCUAAGACAGAACUUAGAUAUAAAUGGAAUCCUUUUCUAA